AUGGCCAUGCUGUUCAUUGGGCUGAAUGCGGCGAUCAGUGUGCACAUGUACAAUGAGCUGGGCUCCGGCCAGCCGCGCACCACCAAGCACGCGGUGGCGGCGGUGGUGGCGCAGUCACUGGCCAUGGGGCUUGUGGCCAUGGCGCUAGUGCUGGCAUACUGCAACAACUUCGUGGUGCUCUUCACGGGCGACCGAGACAUGCAGGCGGCCAUGGGGAAGGUGGCGCACCUGCUGGUGGCGACCAUGGUGCUCAACAUCAUGCAACCGUUGAUCUCCGGGGUGGCCAUCGGCGGCGGCUGGCAGGCGUUGGUCGCCUACAUCAACCUUAGCUGCUACUACGCCGGUGUAGUUCGGUUGAGUCGAUGA